AUGGGGAACUGCAUCAGGCACGAGUCUCCGAUGCAAUGGGGCGGCGACGACUGGGAGGACGGGCUGUUCUCGGCGCCUGAGAGGGGCGGCAGAGACGUUGCGGUGGCUGUGGAAGCGGAGGAGACAGAGGAGCUCCUUGAGAAGAGCAGGCGGCACCGGUCGAGCAAUGCGGAGGUGCCGUCGGUGGCGGCGCCGGCAAGGAACGAGGUGAAGAUAAGGAUCACGAAGAGGCAGCUGGAGGAGCUGUUGGGGAAGCCGGGGGCCGAGGAGGCGAAGCCCGUGCAGCAACUGGUUUCGCAGCUGAUGGCGAUGACUGCGAGCGACCGGUUCGAGACGGGGCAGAGGUCCUGGAGGCCGGCGUUGAAGAGCAUCCCUGAGUUUGGUGUACAGAACAUGUGA